AUGGAGAAACCAAAUAACGAAAAUAAGAAGGAUAAACAAGGUCCAGAUGGACUGACUAAGAAAGAGAGGAGGGCCUUGAAAGUAAACGCGAGGCCUUCUCAGACAAAUCAAGCUGCAGGUGAACAUGCACAAAAACCUCUAACAAACACGAAUGCGCAACCAGGAGACACAAUCGUACAAACUCAAACUCCCGUAGUCAAUUCGAAAUCUCUAACAGAGAAAGAACUAAGAAGACUGGAAUGGGCGAAGAAGCUAGAGCAGGAGAAAAAGUCCAACGAAGGCGACAAGAAUCUAAGUAAAGCCGAAAUGAAAGCGAAAAGGAGAGAAAAGCAGGAAGCUCAAAGGCAGCAAAAGAGCGAACAGGUUAAAACGAAUGUAAGCGCAGAGAAAUGCGAGCCAGUUACAAUCAAAGAAAUAAUUAAAAAACCUUCUUCAAAUAAGAAAGUAAUCACACCUAAAAAGAAACAUAAAGUAACCGAACCACAUGUAGUGCAAUUGGUGCAACAUCUCUAUAACGAAGACUCGUUAAAGCAAGAAGACACCUUAAUGAUUCUCCAUCACGAUAUUCACCCCGCUUUUGUGAGAUUAGGCGUACAAUACAGCAGCAAAGUCAUUUUAGGUUCCAACGCAAGGUGUCUAGCUCUCUUAGCAGCCCUAAAGUUACUAGUAAACGAUCUUAAAUCGCCACAGAAACAAGAAUUUUGCAGGUACUUAGAGAACGUAUUGCAAGUUUCCACCAAUUAUCUAAACAAAUGUAGACCCUUUGCGGUUUCGAUGACGAACGCCCUGAGAUAUUUCAAAUUACAAUUGACUCAAAUCGAUACAAACUUGAAAGAUAUCGAGAAGAAGGCCAAAUUGCAAGACAUAAUCGACACUUACAUAGACGACGAUAUUAGCAAAGCGGGAGUUGCAAUUAGUAUGAAAGUUAGGGAAAAAAUUAGUAACGGAGAUGUUAUCUUAACGUAUGGUUGUUCAUCGUUAAUAAGGAAAAUUUUAUUAGAAGCGCACGCCGAUGGUAAAGUGUUUGAAGUUAUAAUAGUAGACAGCAGGCCUCUUCUCGAAGGCAAGGAAUUGUUGCGGAGACUAGUAGUAGCCGGUGUUAAAUGCACGUAUGUGCUGAUAAAUUCCCUAAGUUACAUUAUGAAUUCUGUGACGAAGGUGUUACUAGGGGCCCACGCACUUCUAACCAACGGUUACGUGAUGUCGAGGAUCGGUACAGCUCAGGUAGCCCUGGUAGCUAGAGAGUACAAUAAGCCUGUCUUGGUUUGUUGCGAGACUUAUAAAUUCAGCGAAAGGGUGCAAACGGAUUCGUUUGUAUAUAACGAAGUUGGUAACCCGGACGCUCUGAGCACCACCCACCGUAAUGAUAUUACGCCUCUGAGUAAUUGGAAAGAUUCUUUGAAUUUGACCCCGUUGAGUUUGCUGUACGAUGUUACUCCACCUGAUUUCGUAACGGCUGUUGUGACGGAAAUAGCGAUACUGCCUUGCACCAGCGUGCCUGUUGUUUUGAGAAUUAAUGCUAGCGAAACUACGUAG